AUGAAACUUUUCCGAUUGACCGAGGGGGUAAUUGAAAUGCCCGAGAAGGAUAGUGCAGGCCGUAUCAUCAGAUCUGCAGAUGCAAACACGGCCAAGACUGCCAUCCUCCACAUUACGCCCAACCCAGCAAAUGAAGCGAUGCGUUUCUACUCUCACAAUAACGCCUAUGCAGCCUUUGUGGUCUGGACUGGGUGCUUCCUGUUCUUCAACGGUGACAAAACAGAAGAAUUGCAUCGUGGGGAUUUCAUUUUCAUACCACCAGGAACAGUCUACGGCUAUCACUCAUUAAUGCCCGGAUCAGAAUUGCUGGUUCUCACUACCCUGGAAGACCCAACCGCUGUGUUGGAAACGAUAAACGAGGAGCAAGACGAGGUAUUUCAACAUUUAAUAGGAGUUGAAACUCCUGACCCUAAAGACAUUGACGUUGCUGAUGGGCACCAUCCUUUCGAUCUGAUGAAGCCCAUAGACUGGAAUCCUUCUUUGUCAACAUUUCUUCGCCCAUAUUCCCUGAAUGCCACCACGUGUCCGCGAUGGAUAUUCGGCGGUGUAAUAACACGACCUUUUGUGAGACAGGUCCAGUGCGAAGGGAAGUUCUCCAUUUCAGCUAUGGAGACUUCCCGUGUACACAGAGUGAGACCCUUCCUUGAUCGGUGGCUAUAUUUCACGAGCGUCGAUCAUUUUUUUUGCGUCGUUGAAGGCACAAUGUUGAUAAAGUUAAAAGGCCAGACUGAGUGGACAGAACUUCGAGAAGGCCAAGCCAUGCUAAUCUCGGCAAGGCAAGCAUUUACCGCUGAUGUCGGAAGUGAGUUUGUUAAAAUUCUUACUGUUACGAAUGGCAUUGGCAUUGAUGAACUGAUCUGCAAGGCUGGAAGGGAAUAUGGGCCUACAACACUCCCGGAAACAACGAGCAGGUGGGAUACCUGGGAUGAACUUCGUUUAAGAUCAGCGUGCUCUGAAGUUGGCGCUCUCCUUGACUACUAA